AUGUCGUUUAUCCCUGGGUUGCACUCGUUCGAUGGCAACUCGACGAGGCAGAAGAAGAUUGAUUUGUCCGGGAAAAAAAGUGGUGGUUUUGGUGAAAGCAAAAGUGUCGGAGGAACACCCUCGAGGAGGAGCGCGAGAAAUGCGCCGUCGGAGACGACGAUGGGUUUGAGCAAAGUCGGGGGAAAUCGUGGUGGUCCCACGACGAGUUCUGGGAGUAGGAAUUCGUUGACGAAAGAAGAAACGCUGACGCGGGCGAAACGGGAACGAGAACAGCGACAUCGCGCGCGAGUGGAGAUGAAAGCAGCUUUGGUGGUACAGAAACACUGGAGGAGCGUCACGGCGCUGAGAGUGGCGAAGCAACGGAUGAGAGUGGAAGAGGAAAGAGAGAGAGAAAAUGGUGGUGGUGAAGGUGGGAAAUUGUACGGUGAAAUGUGCGCGAAGUGUUUAUCGUCGUCGGCGUCGACGGAUCAUCUGUAUGGUUGCGAAGAGUGCAAAGAGCAUUUUUCGUAUUUGGAAGCGGAUGAAAAGUAUUCGCGCGCCGCGUUCGGGUAUUUGCGGCGAUUGACCUUUUACGCUUCUUCGUCGACGCCUUCGAGCAAUUCUGGCGACGACGAGGAGAGGAUGGAUGAAGAUGGGACGAUAGAUGAGCUUCGAGAUGGCAUCAGAAGUAAUUGUUACUUGCAGGAUAUGGAGACGAUGCGUAAAGUUCUGAAGGCGGUGCUUCCAGCUUGGUUGUAUGGAGAAGGCGGCGAGUCACCCAACAUUGACGACGCUCAAUUGAGAGUACGCAGAAGAAUACUAGCGAGGUCGCUGCGAUGGUGCUUGCUCCGACUGGGCAGCGGGGCGGUAGGUGAUGAACGAAAGGCGCAUAGUAAUGGUGACAAUGUGCACGGAACGGCACAAAGUAUUGCGAUCAAACGUGGAUUAGCAUCACUGACGUUCACAUACCUUACUGGAUACGGGGGAGAUGACAGGGAGGGGGGGUCGCACGCGCUAAUUAGGGAAGUCGCGAGAGACGAAGCGAGGAACGUCAAAGGGGCGGUUUCAUUCAACGACGACAUCGUCAAAAAUAUAUUGAGGAAUGCGGCUGAUAUCAAUGCCGCUGGUAUCUUCACAGCUCCGCGAGGUUUGCUCACACUAAUAACCGAUAUUGGUCGCGUCGCGUUACAAGAUGCAGGAAGGUGCAAAGAAGAAGGAGAUGCAAUGGAUGUUGGAGUGUCAUCAGAGGUGAAGAAUUGGGGCGAAUCGUUCGCCGUACAAGUUUUCUCUUGCCCUCUGGUCUUUCAAAAGUUACUCGGCAAUCUCGAUGUUCUUGGGUUCGCCCCUGGGUUCUCCCCCGAUUGGGAUUCGGAGUCGGAGGAUUCGGAGUCGGAGGGUUCGCCACCGCCGCUUCUUUCUGCCGAUAAUGCACAAUUUUUCGCAGCACCCGCGACGCUCUUUCUUCGUGCGCUCUCAACACCAAGUAGCGUUCUUUUCGAUGUGAACGUUGGAGAGGAGGGGUAUUCGCGAAUCGCGUGGAUGUUGGGAAAUCUUUGCGAAUGGUCUCGAUCGCCAACAUUCGGUGUCGGAUGGAGAGAGGGAAAGUAUAUUUACAAUGAAUAUUACGGUGAAAAUGCUCUUCUGUUUGCAAACGCGUGCGGCACAUUAGUCGAUGCGUUGCCACUGUCCGCGUUGCCGGACGAAGACGAAAACCAGUAUUCGUCGAGCUUUUCUAGAAACGAUAACGGAAAGAGUACGUUAUUCGAUAGUGACGACGAGGAUUUCGAGGAGAAACCACUUCGCGCAAAAGGAUCGAUGGUGAAAAAAGGUGGUACUGUGUUUGACACGGUUAAAGUGCCGCCUUUAUUGAAGCGACAACUCGCCUCGCUUUGGAAUCCGCCUUCAUCGAUCAUUUCCGCGCAACUGGCGAGUGCGUGCGCUGUCGACGCAGACAAAGAAGAAGAUGACAGGAGCGAACAGAACACCGCAAAAAUUGCAAAAUAUAUUCUCGGAAUUUCAAGUGUUCUCAGAGGAAAAGAUCGCGUGUUCUUUCUUGCCUCGUUUGCGUUUCAAUGCGCAGAUAUCAUGCGGAACCUGUGGCUCAGCGUGUCUUCGCAAUACGCUAAAAAUCCGAAAGAUACGAUUCGCGAUCCGAAAUGGCGCGAACAGUUGGGUGCCUUUUCCGAAAUCUACGCCGUGCACGCCCAAACGGCUGACGAUGAAGAGUUUUACGUCAUCGGGAAACCGCUCACGAUUGAUGAAUCGAAGUUUCUCGUCGAAAUCGCAAAGAACACGUUAUGGUUUCAAUUAUGGGAAGAGCCGUUCACUAACAAUGGAAGUUUGAACGCCAGUAAAAGCUACCGAGCGGUCCGAACGGAAGAUUGUCAAAUUGAAGCUACUGCGUCUGUGUUGCAAAACUUGUUCGACCGCAAUGGCCGACGUCAAUUCGCUCCACCGGAGUUGUUUUAUGCCGUCGAACUGUGCGGCGGAGUGGAUUCUGGUUUUUUAACGCCGGCGGUAGAUUCCUUCCUCCGAGAAUUUGGCGAAGGUGGGCGGAAAUCGAGAGCGUCGAAUGUUUUAAGUAAAUGUUCGUGUUUGGCACCGUUUGAAGUUAGAGUCCGCGCUUUUGGCACCGCGACUGAGAAAUUCCGCCGGCAGGAAUUGGGAAUGAGUGCGAGUGCGAUGAACGCGAGGAAUUCAGAAGCGUUGUCGUUCAUCAACGGAAUGCAACACAGUAAGAUGCACAUCACCGUUGAAAGAGGAAAGGUUUUAAGACAAGGAUUUAAGCAACUCUUUCUCGAUCAAGCUUCCUCGAGUCAUCCUGCAGAUGCUAUGCGUAAAUGCGUGGAGGCUUUGCAAGGAAAUGUUCGAGUGAAGUUUAUCAACGAACACGGCGCGGAAGAAGCGGGCGUCGACGGCGGCGGUUUGUUCAAAGAUUUCUUGAGCGCGACGGUAGAAGAGGCGUUUGACCCAAAAGAAGGGAACUUUCUUUUUUGCGAGACGCCAGAUAGAACCCUGUAUCCAAACCCAAGAUACGCGAAUACGUUGGAAAAGCAGUUUUCAGAGUUUGGCGAUGAUCGAAACGAUGAUGAUGAUGAUGACGACGACGAUGUGAUGAUUACGCGCGAUAGCAACGAAGAGAGCGACAGAGAGAAGUGGCUCGUGUACUCCUAUUUUUAUUUAGGAGCCAUUCUCGGUAAAGCGUGUGGAGAAGGUAUUCUUUUAGAUGCGCCGCUCGCGGGCUUCUUUCUCUCCAAAUUACGAGGUAAACCUCCGACACUUUCGGAUUUGACCACGUUUGACCCAGAAGUUUACAGGAAUCUCAUCAUGCUCAAAGGAUUCAACGAGAGCGACUUUGAUGAUUUAGAGCUGUAUUUCGUCGCGCUCGAUCGCUCAAAUGCGAAUCCAGACAGUCCAAGAUACGUAGAUUUGGUUCCGAAUGGAUCAACCAUUCGCGUGAACAAGAAGAAUUAUCCUUCGUAUUUACACGCAAUGGCGGCGUAUUUACUCGAUGGUCAGAUUCGCGUGCAGUCAGCAGCCUUCGUCGAAGGCUUUCGAGCGAUGGUGCGUCCGUCGACCCUGAAACUUUUUACGCCGGCUGAGUUAGGAUUGUUAAUAUCAGGUUCUGGCGGUGGCGUGGACGUGGACGAUCUCGCGCGUUCGUCGCAUUACAUGGGAGGAUACGACGCAGAUCACGCAGUCAUACAAAGACUUUGGCGAGUGACACGAAAUAUGAGCAAAGAGAAUCAAAGAAAACUUCUAAAGUUUGUCACUUCCAGCGCAAACACUCCUUUACUGGGUUUUAGCGCGUUAAACCCGCCUUUUUGCAUCCACCGCGCGGCGUCCGGAAGCGACGCAAACUCCGUAGCGGAUGUAACCAGACUCCCCAGCGCGGCGACGUGCAUGAAUCUCUUGAAGCUGCCGCCGUACGAUACGGACGAAGAGAUGGAAAAGAAAUUAGUGUACGCCAUAUCAAACGCGAAAGCGUUUGACCUUUCCUAA